AUGAAUUCGAAUUUUCAUUCCAACACUGACAAAUAAUUUAAGCAAUAAAGGCAGUGUAUAUCUAAAUUAGAUUGCUUAGUUAAUGAGAUUAGUAUUAUGACUCCUAAUGACGGAGAAAUCGUAUGUCUUAAUUCUCUCAAAGCCCCAACAAAACGCACUAUUCAAAUCGAAUCUACCAAUUAGGUAUUGAAAUGAAUUAUUUUAGCAACCUCAAAGGAAGGACUCUUUGACAACAAAGAUAUUUCAGAAUGUAAUUCGUUUAAAAAAGGAAAAACAAAAAAAUCAAGAUUUUAGAAUAAAUUCUUAGUGUGAUAUUAAACCUGAAAGUGAAGUUUAAUUCAACAAAAGAAGGGUAGUAAGUUUAGAGAGUGAAAGUAAUAAAUAAUCAGAAACAUGUUAAAUUUCAAUUCCGAAAUCAGUAAAGUUGUUGAAAACCGAUCUACUUAAAAAUAAAAAACAAGUCAAUACGAGAUAGGUAGUGAAAUCGAAAGAGGGGUGCAAGUUUAUAAAAGAAUUAUUAUUUAUCAGCACAAUUAAGACAAUAAUAACUAUUUAUUAAAACAUAAUAAAAUAUCACAAAACAGUCGAUAUCAAGGAUUUGCCACAAUUAUCUCCGUAGGAUUAAAUUGAAUUAUAUAGUGCAGAAUAUGUAAAUUAGAUGAGAUAAGACUUGAAGGUCAAAGUAGAUUUUAGCUUUUACAACCUAUUUUUUUGGAAAUUUAAUUCAUGUUUCACUCUGACGAUGUUAAUAUUGGGAAUGAUUGAAUCUAAUUCUAACUUUAUCAUUUCACUAUUAUUGUUCAAUAUUAUUGAAAAUGUACAAAAUGGCAACAAAGAAGCAGCUCAAUUGAAUGCAUUAUAUUUAACUUUUUUAUCUCUAAUUACAAUAAUUGGAAGACAUUAUUAAUAGUAAAUAUUUAUAAAUAAUUUUAGUAUAUAAUUGAGCAAAUUUGGAGGGAAACUUAGAUAAAUCUUGAUGUAUAUUUUGAUUGAGAAGAUUUCUACGUUGUCGAUUUGUUCAAUUUAGAAAUCAAACUCUGGUUCUAUCUUAAAUAUCAUAUGCAGUGACCUAUCCACCUUGGAAUGGUAAUAUGGAUACAUAUAUUGUAUACCAAUUGUUCCGAUCUCUUUAUUGUGUUCUGGUUGGAUUUUGUGGGUAAUAACAUUAUUUGAAUUCUAGCUUUAAUUUCAAGGACCGUAUGGUUUGAUGGCAGUGCUAAUUUGUGUGAUUACUUAUCCAACUCAAACAAUAAUCUAAAAAUGCAUUCAGUCCAUGAUAAAAUAGUUGAAAGAAUACUAGGAUUUAAGAUUGAAGUAGCAAACAAACUUUUUAGACAACAUUCAAACUAUCAAAAUGUAUUGUUGGUAAGAGUCUGUUAGAUAAAUGAUAUUAAGGACGAGACUUCUGGAAUGGAAGAAACAUAUUUAAAUUCAAAUUUUAACUUUAAUAGACAGAUCUAUUAAUUAAUCCAUUAAUAUUUGGGGUUCCUUUUUAUUUCUAGUCAUCAUCUAUAAUUUAGGAAUUCCUUUAAAUCUAUAAAAGGUUAUCUUGACUAUAUAAUUAAUGGCCUCCAUUAGAUAUUAUUGUGUACAUCAAGUUUCGUAUGGAUUAAAAGCAAUUAUCAAUUUGAAUGUUAUAUUUAAGCGAAUUAAAGACUUUGCAUAGAUUGAACCUCUUUUUGCUCAGAUUCUGGAAUUUCACAAUGAUCAUCCAAAUAUCAAUGGCUAAAGCUAUCUUGAACUAUCAAGUAAUAAGGAGAUGAGUUAAUUCUCUUUGAUAAAAUUAUCUGAAAAAGCGAAUCAACAAACAAAAGCAAGUUUUCAGAUACUGCAAGAUGAAGCAAUUACAAUCCGUUCUGUGUAUUGUUAUUGGGAACUGUAAAAAUAGCCUCUGUUGAAAAACAUAAAUUUUACUGCCAAUAGAGGAUAAUUGAUAAGUGUUAUAGGCAAAACUGGAUCAGGGAAAACCACCUUCCUAUAGUUGAUACUAAAAGAGAUUCCGUAUAUUUAGGGUCAAUUAGAAUUAUCAGACAAUUUGACCUUUGGGUAUGUUGAAUAAGAACCCUUCAUAAAUCCCACUACAAUAAAAGAGAAUAUUUUGUUUGGAAGAGAAUACAAUAAAGAGUUAUUUGAUGAGGUACAGAUAUCAACAAAUAUUGUUAGGUUUUGAAGGCUUCUAAUUUUUUAACAGAUCUAGUUGAGCUUCCAGACUUGGAGAAUACAGUAAUUGGAGAUAACGGAGCAACUCUUUCAGGGGGUUAAAGAGCAAGGUUAAGUUUAGCAAGAGCUCUAUAUGCUAUGCCAAGUGUGUAUUUAUUUGAUGAUCCGCUCUCAGCUGUGGACUCUAAAGUUGCCAAACACAUUUUUUCUAAAGCAAUCUAAUAGUUUAUCUUUUAAUAUUAGCCAACCAAAAGAAAUAACCAUCCUAGUCCAAUAGUAAUUUUGACGACUCAUCAAUUAUCUUAUGCAUUAAAAUGUGAUUAUAUAGUUGUUUUGGAGGAUGGUCAAAUCAUUUGUCAAGGGAAGGCUAUCGAUAUUGGGUUGUAGAUAGAAAAGAUUUUGAAUGUUCAACCUGUUGAAAUAAACGAAAAUGCUUAAAAUAGCAGAUAAUAAUUAUCAUUUACAAAAAAGAAAUCAAAUAAUUUCAAUCUAUGUUAAAAUCAAAUAAUUCUUUUGACUCCUAAUGAACAAGUUAUAAAGACUAUUAAAAAGUUGAUACAAUAUGUUACUACAUCUAAAUUGUUGUUAAUAUUAGCAUUGAAUAUAUUGACUGAAAUAAUCAGAAAUUUAUUUUAUAGAUUACUUACAUUGAAUGCAGAUGAUGAAGGUAUCAGGAAAUAUGCCUUUUUGAUAUCGGUAUUGGUAAUAACUCAUCUGAUUAAUAAUGUAUUGAAAUAUUCAAUUUGUAGUUACGUAAUCUUAGAUAUGAACAAUAAAAUAUUUUCAAAGUCAAUGUAGGCUCUGGCUCAUGGAAAAAAGUCAUUUUUUGAUAAAUAGCCAAGUGGUAUAAUCAUCAAUAAGUACUCAACUGAUUUGUCCAUCUUGGAUAAUCAGAUGCCAAUAGUGUUGAUUGAUAUUUUUGAAGAUGGUUGUUAAUUUGUAGUGUCACUUUUGAUGAUUGGAUUUCUUUAGCCUUUCUUCUUUUUACCGAUACUACUCACAUUGUUCUUAAGUUACGUUUUGUUUAAAACUGUGGUCCAGAUACUAUCACAAUUAAAGAUCAAUGAUUUAACUUAAAGAGCACCUUAAUUGUCACAAUUUAAGAUAUACAUCUAAGGCUUGACUCAUUAUCGACUCUCUAAUUAAUUUAAUCAAUUGAAAUAGAAGUUUUUUGCACUUGCAAAUAAUAGUUUUUAAUCUAAUUACAUUUAUCAUCUGACUCAGAAAUGUUUUUCAUAGUAUGUAGAUUUGAUAGCAUUAAUUACAAAAACAUCUGGAACUUAUCUCAUAAUAGCAUUUAUUGAAGACAACUCAUUGUUUUCCCAAGCAUUAUUAUUGUUAUAAUCAUUUCACUCCCAGAACACAUUGCUUAGACAAUUGAUGGAACUCAGUGGACUUUUCAAUUCAUAUGAGAGAUUAUUAGAUAUUUUUGAGAUUGAGAAGGAAAAGGAUGAUGAAAAAGGUAGUACAAUAUUGCCACGUGCUUGGCCAAAGUAAGGAAGUAUUGUACUCAAAAACUUAUCCUUGUAAUAUUGUGCCAAUUAAUAGCCAGUCUUAAAAAAUAUUGAUCUGGAAAUCAAACCAGAAGAGAAGAUUGCAUUUGUUGGAAGGACAGGUGCUGGUAAAUCAUCACUCAUAUCUGCAUUAUUCCGACUAGUCGACAUUGGCUCUGAGAGUUCUAUACUUAUAGAUGGUUGCAAUGUUAAGGAUUUAUCAUUAAAUUAAUUGAGAAGAGCCUUGGCUAUUAUACCAUAACAACCCCUUUUGUUUUAUGGAUCUAUCAAAUAGAACCUGGAUCCCCAAAAUUUAUAUACUGAUUCUGACAUUUGGAAGGCUUUGUCAGAGGUAAAUCUUGAUGGCAUGAUCGAAUAAUAGAAACAGCUGUUGAAUUGUGAUAUAAUGGAUCUGAAUUUGUCAGCUGGUUAGAAAUAGUAAUUGUGUUUGGCUAGAGUAAUUUUGAUGAGAAGGAAAAUCCUGAUUCUUGAUGAAGCAUCUGCCAAUAUCGAUAUCUUGACAGAUUAGGCCAUUUAGGAAAUCAUACGCUCUAAAUUCAUGGAUUGCACCAUACUCACAAUAGCGCAUCGACUGAAUACUAUUGCACAUUAUGAUAAGGUAAUAGUGUUAGAAAAUGGAGAAAUUGCAGAAUAGGGUAAUCCCUUUGAAUUGCUGAGUGAUGAUUAUCAAGCAGAGUUUAUCAAUAAGAAAACUAAGUUUGCAGAGAUGGUACUUGAAACUGGAAAUAUGAAUGCUCAAUAGAUUUUUGGAAUGGCGAAGGAAUCUUAUUAUAUACAAUAGUUAAAAAAGAAAUAAAAAGCAAAAAUUUGA